CUGAACUCCACACCGCAUUAGAAUCAUCUCAUCAGACACCUCACAGAGAGAAAAAUCACCCCCAGAAAGAGAUUUAGGGUAUUUUUUCAUCUCGGUUUAGUUCUGGAGUGAAAAGGGGGCUGUGGAAAAAGGGGGUGGUGCAUCUGAGAGAGAGAUCCUAUUACAGAGAUCCAGACUUUUUCAUGGCAAGUUUUUUUGGAAGUGGGGGGAGGGCGAUUUUACAACUUUCUCGGCCUGAUUCCCUCUUCAAACCAGUCUUAAAUGUCUCCAAAUAUCGUUAUUAGAGCUGGAUUUUGAGUUUCGAGUGCGUCGUUUGAGGAGGUUUUUGGCGCUUUUGGAGUUUGGAUGAUGAAGGAAUUCUUGGAAAUUCAUCAAGGAUCGGACAAGGAGUGCAGGAUAAAAAAGUUUGGGAGAACUGCGAGAAAACUUUGAAGCUGUUUUUUUCUCACCAUGCUACGAUGGGAAACCUACUCAAAAUCCAUCAAGGAAUACUUAAUCUUUGACUUUAUUGGAAAACGCGAACACUGAGGUCGUAGAAAUCGAAUAAUCGCAUCUGUGCACAGUUAUAAUCUCUCUCCAAAGAUGUCUCCCCAGGCACGGAGGAGCCCCAUUGUUGGAUUUUACGGGAUGCUUUGCGUCUGGGCUGCUUGGAUCUCUGGUACCAGGGCAGUUUUGUCUCCAAACGGGACAUUAUUUGAGGAUCGCUGUAAGAAGACUACAACUUGUGAAGUUCUCAAAUAUAACACAUGUCUGGGAUCGCCUUUACCGUAUACACAUACAUCCCUGAUUCUGGCCGACGACUCCAGCACCCAAGAGGAGGCUUUUGAGAAGUUGACCAUGUGGUCUGGUUUGCGUAAUGCUCCACGCUGUUGGUCAGUCAUCCAGCCAUUGCUCUGUGCUGUCUACAUGCCCAAAUGUGAGAAUGGCCGUGUUGAGCUGCCCAGUCAGACUCUGUGUUUGGCUACACGUCGUCCCUGCAGCAUUGUGGACCAGGAGAGAGGCUGGCCUAACUUCCUCAAAUGUGACCAGUUCCCUGUGGGCUGCUCGAAUGAGGUGCAGAAGCUCAAGUUCAACACGUCAGGACAGUGUGAGGCUCCUCUGGUGAAGACGGACAUUCAGUCGAGCUGGUACAAAGACGUGGAGGGCUGCGGCAUCCAAUGUGACAACCCGCUUUUCACGGAGGAGGAGCACAACGACAUGCAUGCCUACAUCGCUUAUUUUGGCACCAUCACUCUCCUCUGCACCUUCUUCACACUGGCCACAUUUCUUGCUGACUGGAAGAACUCUAACCGUUACCCGGCUGUCAUCCUCUUCUACAUCAACGCCUGCUUCUUUGUGGGAAGUAUUGGCUGGCUGGCUCAGUUCCUGGACGGGGCACGAGAAGAGAUUGUGUGCAAAAGCGACAACACCAUGAGACUUGGGGAGCCCUCGUCCUCUGAGACUCUCUCCUGCGUCACCAUCUUCAUUAUCGUGUACUACUCCCUCAUGUCGGGUGUGAUCUGGUUCGUCAUGCUGACCUACGCCUGGCACACGUCCUUCAAAGCCCUUGGCACCACCCACCAGCCGCUCUCUGGCAGAACUUCCUACUUCCACAUGGUCACCUGGUCCAUCCCCUUUGUCCUUACAGUGGCCAUCCUGGCUAUCGCCGAGGUGGAUGGAGACUCUGUGAGUGGCAUUUGCUUUGUGGGCUACAAAAACUACAGAUACCGUGCUGGCUUUGUGCUUGCUCCCAUCGGGGUGGUUCUUGUUGUCGGCGGCUACUUUCUCAUCCGAGGUGUCAUGACUUUGUUCUCCAUAAAGAGUAACCACCCAGGACUUCUGAGUGAGAAAGCAGCCAGCAAAAUCAACGAGACCAUGCUGAGACUCGGCAUAUUUGGAUUCCUCGCUUUUGGCUUUGUUUUCAUCACCUUUGGCUGCCACUUCUACGACUUCUUCAACCAGGCUGAAUGGGAGAGGAGCUUCAGAGAAUAUGUGCUGUGUGAAGCAAAUGUCACAAUCGCCUCCCAGACCAACAAGCCGAUCCCAGAGUGUACGAUUAAGAACAGGCCCAGCCUGAUGGUGGAGAAAAUCAACCUGUUCUCCAUGUUUGGGACAGGAAUUGCUAUGAGUACCUGGGUCUGGACCAAGGCCACCAUCCUCAUCUGGAAGCGGACCUGGUGCAGGAUUAUUGGCCGCAGUGAUAACGAGCCCAAACGGAUCAAGAAGAGCAAGAUGAUUGCCAAAGCUUUCGCGAUGAGAAAGGAGCUUCACAAGGACCCUGAGAAGGAGCUGUCCUUCAGCAUGCACACAGUGUCCCAUGAUGGACCAGUGGCUGGAAUUAAUUUUGAGCUAAACGAGCCGUCGAAUGACAUGUCGUCAGCCUGGGCGCAGCACGUGACCAAGAUGGUGGCCAGACGGGGGGCUAUCCUGCCGCAGGACAUCUCUGUCACUCCUACCGGUACACCAGUCCCCCCUCCUGAAGAGAGGAACCGGCUGUGGAUGGUGGAAGCGGAGAUUUCCCCUGAGAUGAUAAAGAGGAAAAAGAAGAAGAAGAAGAGGAGGAAGGAGGUGCGUCCAGCAGAGGAGGUAGUGGACCACCAGCCCUAUCACCAGCGGGAGUUUGGUCGCAGCUCAGUGCCUCGCCUCCCCAAACUGCCCAACCACCGGAGUCUGGUGGCUAACCUGCGGGAAGUCCAGAAGAUGGAGCAGGAAGUCCUGCCAGGGUCCUUCCCAGACUUCCAGCCCUGUCACUCCCUGUCCUGUGAGGAGAGGGGUCCCUUCCCACCCUACCAGAGCAGCUGGAACAGCCAUGGCAACAACCAGCUCUCUAACCCUUUCACUUACGACGACCGCCCGGAGGAUCUGGGUCUCGGCCCACGCUGUCCUCCCUCUGCCUCCACCUGGCAGCCUGGUGGAUCCUCCAGAUACCCCAGAGAGAUGGAGCGUACAGACGGGCUGUCAGAGAGGAUGGCUCAUGUGGCUCGGGUACCUGCAAGCCGACGUACCGGUUAUGGACCCGUUCACUCCCGGACUAAUCUAAUGGAGGCGGAGCUUAUGGAUGCUGACUCUGACUUCUAAGAGUGAAAAUUCAUUGGCUUUGCUUUUUGGUACACCAACAGUAAGCUACAAAAAGUGCUGGAAACUUUCAAACUCUUACUAAAGUGCACCGAAUCCCACACAGCCAGAGGCAAAGAUGGAACUAAACUGGUCGAUUUUUUGUUUUGAUUUUGUUUUUAGAGAAAGUAAAGGGACAAAGUAAAAAAAUUGUGAAUAAGUUAAGGAAAAAUAUUUUUAUACUUUAUUUGUGUCCAAAAAAAAUUCAAAGGCAACUCCAUGAAAACAGAAAAAAUGGCAGCUAGACAUUGUAUGGCUUGAAACAAAAUUUUCUCUCUCCUGAAUACCCCUUGCAUUCUUCAGUCAAGGUGUUAUGAAUGAUGUUUUUACUUCAGAAGGAUACCAGACAAAAUCAAGUAAUCCUCCCCAUUUUAUACCACAACAACAUGGAAUUGGAUAAAUUCUUGUUUUAAUUACCAAAAAAUUACAUGCAAACUUGUCUAAAUGACACAGUUUACUGUAGUUAUGACUUCCAGGAGUGCCUGCAUAUUUCAAUGGAUCUCUUCUCUCUUACUCACCUAUCUUAAGCUGAUGUAGUUUUCUUUCAAGUUUAGGUACUUUUUGAUAACCUCACUCAUUUAAAUAGCAGGGAUUUUUUAUUUAAAAACAUGUGGAAUCAAAAAAGCAUCAGAGAGUUUAAAUUUUUGACAAUAUUGGCACAUGUGAAGACAAAGGCAGUCAGCAAAACUCUAGAAAAGGAAAGAAAUUCCUGAACAACUUGUAACAAUGGCUAAAUCCAAGUCUACUUUUGUUAUAUUCCGCUGUAAAUGACCCAAUCACUCGAUUCCCAUUUGUAUUAAUGGCAUUAUUUUUGACUCAGUAACUUGAGGUCCUAACUUUUUUAGAAAGUAAUAUAUAUGCUCAUAGCACAGAGACUGCUGCAGGCAUUUGUAGCAUAGCUGGUUACAUGAUUUUGCCUUUCUGCUUUGGAUUUAUUAUAGAGGUAGUGAGCUGAUGCAAACCAGAAUGGCUAUGGAAGCUACAAAGUGAGUUUUCUGAGGGACUAAACAAGUUAAAUGCUAGGCUAGGAAGCUAGUACCAACAUCUCAUCCAUAUGUUUCAUAGUUAGCAUAGCACACAGAAGUUAGCUAUGACAUUAGCCACCAUGUAAAGUGAGGUACCACCCUGUGCUUCUAAUGCUGACAUGAUGGCAGAUCCAUACCUACCCAUUUUGACACAGUCAGCUUGAUUGUUUAUGAGAAUGACUCACUGACGCUUUAUUUGUGUGGGCCCUAAUUAACUAGUCAUUAUAGUGUAAUAAGUGGUAGUUAUCUAGUAAUUAUUCAAGAUUAAGGUGGUAAUUGCCAAGUAUCAAGGUGGCAUUUUACCAGUUAACAACUCGGCAAUAUUAAGGAAGUAUUUACCCAGAAAUAAUGUAUUAAUUAUCAAGUAAUUUCUGAUGAUAUUGUGGCAGUUCUCUGGUUAAUAGGAGGUAUUUUACUCUAACCGUUACCCUAACCAAAACCCCAAACCUUGUAAUAUUGUCGCAGCUCUCUGGUAAUUAGGUGAUAUUUUACCCUAACCCUAAAAUUUAUUGAAAAUUAUUUGAGAAGGACUCACUUUAUUCACUAGCGGCACAAAAUAUAAAAUCCUGGGAAUUAUCAAGCAACUUAUACAGAAAACUAUCAUCUUAUUUCUAAGACUUUACCAGAUAAAGUAACACCUAAUUACCAGACAGAUGGUAUAUAUUUUUUGUUGUUCUGGUUGGCUGUCCCAUUGUCAGCGACGGCAGUUCAGGAUCCUAUAGAAUCACAGAAUGCAUAGACCCAUUUCAUCAAGCCAAUCUCCAAACUUUACCCCAACUAAAUCAAAUACAUGGAUGAAUUUGCUAAUAAAAAAAAAAGCAAAAUUUCAGGUAACCGGCCACACCUUCCUCUUUUCCUUAGAUAUUGAUUCACUUUAUACUGACACAGGCCUCGCUGACAUUCAUCAUAUUUUCAGUGAACACCAAGACUCAUUCAGCUCCAACCCAAUGUAUUACAAGGGUUAGGGUAAUAUACCACCUAUUUACUAGAGGAUUGCCACAAUACUACAAUUAAUUAUUUGAUACUUCACACAUUAUAACUAGGUAAAUACUUACAAAAUAUUACCAAAUUUCCACAUUAUAACUUGGUAAUAUGAAACUUACUACAAGGUAAUUACCACAUUAUUCUUGAGAAAUUACUAGAUAAUUUUCCUUUCUACUAUAGAUUUACUAGAUAAUUAGGGCCCACUGAAAUAAAGUGUUACCAAUGACUCAGCUGUGUGGAUGGAAAGUUGUCUGAAUAGAUGGGUGACCAGAUGCAUCUGCCAGAAAAGUAAUACACAAGUUUGCAGUGGUAAAAUUAAGGCCAUUUUGGAAACAACAGCUGAACACUUUCCUCACAAACCAAGUUUUGUUUUUUGUUUUUGUUUUUUGCAUUGUUCUGGUUUCAGCUCCGAAAACCAAAGUGUUCCCAAAUGAGUGAGUUUGUUUUGUCUUGUAAUCUUCUUGAAGAAUAAGGAUCAGUCAGUUAGAUUCAGACUGUCAUUUCCAUGAUAGACUGUCAGCAAACCUGAGAGUGAAAUGCCUUUUCUGUCUCUUUUGAGACGAAUUGAAAUGGCUCCCUCUGCUUUUCAAUUAAAGUGAGACCCAAGACAUGACAAAAUAAGCACUACUCAACAUUUGGCACACUAGUCAUUUAAUCCUGUUUUUCUUAUUUUCAUGGUCAUGGGAAGCUCAAACUGGAGAUGAAAUCCAAACUCGAUUAACCAGUCACUCAGUGAAAUAUUAUACUUUCUUUCCCGUAUUUAGUUAUUUAACUGCAAAGUAAAAAGAGCUUGCUGUUUUUAGAGGAAAAAUUGUCAGUUGCUCUCUGCUUUACCUAUUUUACUGAUGUUGCAUCUGCAGCACCCAACACUAAAGCCACAUGGUCUUAAAGUUAAUCUGUAAAUGACUGCAUGAGAAUAAAAACUGAAACUACCAACAGCAACUUUUAACAGAAGUUACUGCCUGUUGCCUGGUGCAAGAAACCAACCGCUCAUUGUUUGCCAUGAGAAGACUGAAAAGAAUCAAAUGCCCAUCUUUUUCCUCAUUGAGUUCAUCAGAGUUUUUUAUUGUACAAUUAUUUUAAAGUGUUAUUUUUUUACAGCAGUAUUUCUACUUUUGUCUAUCUGAUGUAAAUAUUCACUCUUAACUGGCCCUCAUAGGUGCUUGCCAGUUAGAAAUCUCUCUAUGAUCUACUUUAGACUGCAGAUGACUUAGGAGUCACACUAAAUGUUUUUGUUUUCUAGUCUCUUCUGUGUCUUUACUGUAUACAGGAUGUUUGUAGACUCCUCACUAGGAGUGUUAUUUGUACAGAUUUAUAUAUCAAUCACUUGAUUACUCUGCUGAUAAAAAAAAACACAAAGGGAAAAGUCAACAGUUGUAUUAAAAAGUUGUCACUGUACUUGUGCUGUAACCAAAAUUUCACCUAGUAUUGUUUUAUUCUCAGCAUGGAUAAAUGAUGCUAUAGGGGACUGGGAUAGCCGUACUCUUGGCUAAUGAAAUGAGCCAGUGUGGAUGUUUAUAAGAAGAUUUAUUUAUGUUCUAAGCUAGCACACUGCUAUAAAUUUAACAUCAUAGAAAGUUUUUAAAAAUGAAUUUAGAAUGGCUGAUAUCCAUCCACAAAGGUCAAAUGUUAUAAAUAAAUUACAGGAAGGAUAUCAUCUGAAACUGUCAUUCCCUUUGAAAUGUGUAAUCCUGUUUUCACAAAUUAUUAAAGACAUAGCCCUUGUGUUUGUUUUCAUCUAAGUCCACCAUCUGUGUGUUUAAAAAAAAUACUGUUACUUUGACCGUGCAGCUGUAUGUCUUGUUUUUAUAUGUCAAUAAAAGUAAU